CAACAGACACACACACACACACACACACACACACACACGCACGCUUCAUGGGAGAGGGAGGCACUGACCAUUUUGCAAGUGCUGGGACAAGACUGCUGUGAGGUGGGUGCAAAGAGACUUCGUCCCCACUUCUUGCUUUCGCUCUGGAUACAGAAGACAGAGGAAAUACGGGAUUUGAAUUGGACUAGGUAUUUGUGCACUUGUCUGGCAGUCUACUUAGGAAAGCAGCUGAACUGGACGAGUUCAUGCCUUAACUGAGUAUAAUAAAAGGUGAAGGAUUGCAGCUACUUGCACGAGGAAGAUGGGAACUCCCCAAUUUCUACCUCUUUAAUACAUGGAAUGAAAAUAUUGAAUGGAGGAGCCGCACACUACAUUUGCCUGGGAAAAUCGUCCGGCGGAACUAACAAUUUGGCUACUUUCAUCAGAGGAGGGGGUGUUCAUUACGUGGCAGGGGGAAAAAAGAAACCAGAAAACGAAUGUAUGAAUUUGAAACUAUUGGCCAAGCAAAGGGAGGAAAACAUCGAUUUUAUUUUAAACAAUGGUUUUCUAGGCUUUUGUACCAUAAACUUACUUCAGUGUUUUGUGACCAGUUUAGCGGAGACGGGAGGGUAAACCAGAAGAGUCCUACAUGUGUGCACCAUUAUUAAACUGGCAGACACACCGACAGCCGCCUUCUUUCAUUUACCAACAUCCAACUGGAAUUGAAAUCUCUCUUCCGUCCAAUAGUUGAUCAUGUACAAACUCUAUAUGAAUAUCAAUAUAUGAAUAGCUUAUAUCCUGGGGUUUAACUAGUAAGACAUAGAUGUGGAGAUACAAUUCAGCCCAGAUGAAUAUGAAGAGCUUAAAUUUCAUGGUAUUUUUUAAAAAAGAAAGAAUUUUGUUGAUGUGAAAUAGGUUCUGAUAGGUUUAUAAGAUGACAGGUAAGAACUUUCACUGCUCUUAGCACCUUAACGCCCAAAGCAGUGAGCGCAAAAGAGAGGCAGGACCCUGGAAGGGGGUGAGCUCAACCGACCAAUUUGACCUCCAGUGUUUACAGCCAGGAUAGAGGCUGCUUUAGGGAGAGGAUCAAUCCUCCAGGACAAUCAGGAGAGAAAAAAAAGCCCUUGGAGGUUUGAGGAGGGCAGGCUUUUUUUUUUUUUUAAACCUGCGCUACCCGGGAUGGGUCCUGGAAGAGGGAUGUUGUCCUGGGCCUGAAUACAAGUGAAUAUUUUGCAUCUUUAGUAAACCAAGAUAUCGGGUUUUAGUUAUUUUAAACCAAAACCCUCUGUGCUAGAUGCUGUUGAAGAGAUUGGGAUGGUCCUGGCUGAACAACAUUAAAGAGACUGAUCACGUAGAAGGAUAAGAAAAGCUUCAGAGACCCCCGUCUUCCCCUCUUCUGUGAGCCGGUGCAAUUAAAAAUGAACAAGAGACUUGGUAGAUCUCGGCACUGAUUGCUCCCCACCCCCCUUCCCUGACCCGGACCCUCUCCUCCCUCCCCCACCCCAGCCCCCUAAAGCCUGGAUCUGAUUGCAAGCGGGACCUCCUCUUGUUCCACAUUGUGGUAGUGGAUGCAUUUUUCAUGAGCACUAGGUGAACAGGUGCAAAGUACAUUUGGAAAAUCCAGGCGGCCCAUUUCGGUGGCGUGGCGUGGCGUGGAGGGUGGUAUCCGGCUAUCUCCGAGGGGAUCAUGGAGAGCGACCGGGACAUGUACCGUCAGUUUCAGGACUGGUGCCUCCGGACUUAUGGAGACUCCGGAAAGACCAAGACGGUGACCCGUAAAAAAUACGACCGGAUCGUCCAGCUCUUGAACGGCUCCGAGUCGAGCUCCACGGAUAAUGCCAAAUUUAAAUUCUGGGUCAAAUCGAAAGGUUUCCAGCUCGGCCACUCGGACGAGGUCAAUGGUGGAGGUGGCAAGCAAGUGCUCUUCGUGCCGGUCAAAACCACGGAUGGAGUAGGGGUAGAUGAGAAGCUGUCUUUAAGGCGAGUAGCUGUGGUCGAAGAUUUCUUUGACAUUAUCUAUUCCAUGCAUGUGGAAACAGGGCCUAAUGGAGAACAAAUCAGAAAACAUGCGGGACAGAAGAGAACAUACAAAGCAAUUUCAGAGAGCUAUGCCUUCCUACCGAGAGAAGCGGUGACACGAUUUCUAAUGAGCUGCUCAGAGUGCCAGAAAAGAAUGCAUUUAAACCCAGAUGGAGCAGAUCAUAAAGAUAAUGGGAAACCUCCUACUUUGGUGACCAGCAUGAUUGAUUACAACAUGCCAAUUACCAUGGCCUACAUGAAGCACAUGAAACUUCAGCUCCUCAGCUCCCAGCAAGACGAGGAUGAAAGUUCUAUAGAAAGCGAUGAGUUUGAUAUGAGUGAUUCUACACGCAUGUCAGCUGUGAACUCUGACCUUAGUUCUAACCUUGAAGAAAGAAUGCAGAGCCCCCAGCCUGUUCCUGGUCAGCAAGAUGAUGAUUCAGCUGCAGAGAGCCUUAAUGGCAAUGAGACUGUGGGGCCUAGUUCCAUUGCUUCAGGGGGA